CAUACAAAAUCUGCCAACAGCAGUACAUUCUGAGAACCUGGAAACGAAUUUCCAAAUCAGUCGUGGGAAUGACCAGUGUCAGAUGUUAUGAAUUCAGCGCCGUGAUAGCCUGCAUGAGUACUUACUGAGGUAGAAACACAAAAGAGUUGUCAUCACUGUAACUAUAUCUUUUGACAAACUUUGGGCGAAACAAGAUUAUGAUGAAAUGGACAUGCAAUAAAAAUGACGAUUGGUGGAGGCUACUCUCAAUUUGGACCUUCUGAAUCUCAUUGAAAAUCUCAGGCAAUUUGUGAUGUCAAGAAAACAGGUCAGAGGUAACUCGGUGCUUUAUUUUGUAAACAAAAGACUAUGACAUAAUUUUGGCGGUGAUGAUAUUGCGCAAUCAACUGAGAGAAGAGCAAAGAAGGGAGACCGUUAUCGGCGUUUCAAGGAACAAGAGAAAGCAGUGGACAUUUUGAAAAUCAUGCAACUUCGAGGAUUCAGAUUCCAAUGAAUAGAUUAAUCUCAGUGGAUUAACCAGGACUCGAUAACACAAGAGGCUCCCCUAGCGAUACCCCGUGGCGAUAAUAAAGAGUGGCGCUAACGCUGCGAUUCGUUUAACGGUGUUCCUCCGGCUGUCCCUCGCAAUCGGCGACACUUGGCAAGAACGAAUCGCCAAUUGCUCGAGUAAACGUCGUCGCCAGCUGUGCCAUAACGGCAUCCUUAGAGCGAGAGAGAGAAAGAGACGUAAUCGUUCGUGGGCACCUCCCGCAAAGAGAAUCCUCCGCCUCUCAUGUCGUUCCAGCCUCAUCGCUCGUGGCCAUCUCAUGGUUUUGCAUGCCCAGAGUGUCUAUUCGUACUUGUGCGUGUUGUGUACAUAUGCUAGAGGCUUUAGAGAGUCAUAGAGAGCGUGCAGCGAGAAUCUAGAAAGGAGCUAAAACCGAUGACGUCAUAUACACUUCGAGGAAGCUGCACGCGAGAAUAAAAAGAAGAGAAAAAAAAGGAUAAGGCUCUCCAGAAUAUUUAAUUCCCACAAAGUAGAAUCCUACGAGACGCACGACUUGAUGCAAGACUGGGAUCGGCCAGGCCAUAGGCACAGUCAGUGGGUACGUAUCUGCUUGCUGCAAUCCCAGGAACAAAGGAGUAAAGUCGCGCGCUCUGAGAAGGCAAAGCGAGAAAGAGCAAGAGAGUGAGAGAGAGAGGAAAGGAAAGAGAGCAAAAGAGCACGAGCAGGUAGUGGAAUAGGAGUAGGAGGAGAGCCGAUUGAAGCCGCUAGAGGAGAGGCAGGGGAAAGCCAGGGAGAAGGUUGCCGUGGAAACCGAUGAUCAGGGCCGUACGAUGGCCGGGGCGCUGUCCGAGAAUGCCCCGAGGCCCGUGAGUGUCGUCGCCGUGGAUGGCGGGACGACGGAAAAUUCGCCAAACUCCCAGAGUCCAUCCAGCAACGAUGAGCAUUGCCAGUCGAAUCGCACGGAACUCGAGAUCACGCGUGCAUCGAAUCCGCGAUCGUACGCCUCGACCGAAGCGCAGACGGAAGCCAGUCCGCAGAUGUCCGUGGAAGUGCCGGAAGCCGAGGAGUUGCGCGAUGCGAGGAGGCGCGAAAGGCGAAUUCGCAGACAUCACAGAAGAGCCCUGAGGACGAGCUCGGUGCCUCCGAAUUAUCCUGGUGGUCCGUGUGUCACUUCGAGCACGGCUCCUGGCGUUCCUCUCGUGCCGCCUGUCACUGGAUUUUUGCAUCCUCCACCGCCGCACCUGGGACUUCGGGGCCUCAGCCUGGGCCUUCCCUUCCCCGUUCCAGCCAGCGUCUCCGCCUUCGGCAGGGACGCAGUGCCGAAGCAGUGCUGCGGAUUAGGUUCGCCCCCUGUGCUCUGGUCGAUUCUCGGCGUGGGUGUCGUGGGUCUGGUGUGUGCAGGUGCUGGGGCUCUUCUUGGGGCCUUAAGGGCCACUGGCAGGGACCACAUUGCUGUGGCUCUGCUUAUGAUCGGCAUUGGGAUGGUCCUGGUUACCGUGAGUGCUGUCGCUUGGCGAGUCACCAGUAGAGAAAAUUGUGGCAGCUUUUUCGGCUUUACUGGGAUCUCGGGGAGGAUACCACCUGCGCGACCGAUACAUCCCUACGCCGCUAUGAUAUAUCCGGAGUUUCAGUUCCGUACCCCGCCACCCAGUUAUCAGGCAAGCAUGCAGGAAUACAGGCUAAGGUUAUUACUACUUGAUCGGCUUCAGCCAACGUCAUCACCACCGCCAACGUAUCGUUCCAACGCUGGAAGCGUCGUAGCUCCUGGAACGACCCGAGAGAGUAGGCCACCAAGUUACUGCGGUAGACCCAAUGGUACACCCACAGCCACCUUGGUGCCCUCGAAGAAGGACGCCAACUUGGUGAGGAUCGUUCAGACCGAGUCGGAGCCCGUAAUCCUGAGCGGCGACCAGACACCGCCGGUGCCAGCGGUCGAAGUCCUUGCGCACCUCUAGCUCACUAAUCGAUGUAAACCCUAUAGCUUUUGUUAAAAAGGUCAGUGAUAGCCCGAUACCAGUCGCAGGUGUAAUUUAUGAUCGGCCAUGUAACAGCCGUUAGUUAGUUGGCUUUGAUGUUCCUGACAUAGCAGCUCUACGAAAUUUAGUCUCUACGUUCAACGGAGGAGACUCGUUGCGUCAACUAAUUUCCAAAUAUUUAUCUGUAUUUUCGGAACCAAUAUUUGAGGCUGUAAGACGACUCUUUGGAAAAUGUCCUGAGGAUCUUUGACUCUGGGCAAGCGUCGACGGGAGUUUCUCCUUCGGGUUGCGUCGGGGUACGGAAAUGAGAGUCAUUGAACGAUCGAUUGAUCUCCCCGAAUUACACAUACCGCCUUUGGUCCACUCGUGUUUCUCAGGAAGUUAAAACAAGACGAAGGAGCACCAGCUGCCAUCACCAACGGCGCCACCGCAGAACAAGGAACACUGGGAGAUUGAGCUAUUUUUACGCAGAGUAGAAAAUCGAGCGUUCCUCGUGCAUGUCGUUGCGUUAUCGUAAUUUUGGAACAGGAAGUAUUCCCUCCCUGCCCCAAAAAUACUAUAUAUCAGGAUGCGUCGCUUUCACCGGUAGAUUUGGCUCAAGGGAGAAAGGAAUGUUUUAGGAGAAUUAAUACGAGAGGGAAAGACGGAAAGAAAGUGGCCAUGGAAAAUUGGAGUAGCAGCCGAUCGAGUCCGAUUCCGCCUAAAAGGAUUUUUCGAGUCAGACACGGCCAAUAAAAUACGCAAGAGAUGUGCCGCUGAUCCUUGAGAAGGAUGGAGAAAGCCUUCUUUCGAAAGACGCACUUUCUUGAGGAUCGCUACUCUUUGUGUCGCAGUGAUCCUGUUGCUCGCAUUUCGCACGAAUCGGCGUUGCGUUUUUCUACGCGGCCAGCGAGUUUAAUGGCUUCGAGUUGACUAAUCGACGACACGCAAAGUUGCAAUUGGGUAACAGCUCGAACAACGUGACAGCGACUGGAUAACGAAACACCUGGGAGUGUCGUUGGCUUCGCACUCCGGAAACAGUUCCUUUUCUUCCAAGUGGAAAAAAUAACGGAAACGGCUCGGGUAUGACUCAUAAUAUGUGGAGAGCGUCCUACAUCAGUGUCCAUCUUUCAAAAUUAUCUUCGGGCCAUUGACAACCAUCAACACUUUCAUCCCGUCACUGAUUGGAGGUCACUUUCUUUCCUGACAUGUCUCUCCUACCGCCCAGGCAUCUCCAGUGAUCAGUCCUCUCCCUCCCACCCACAUCCCUCUCGCUCUCGCUCUUCUUCUAUUUUACCCAGUGUCACUCGACUCUAUUUUUUGCUCGGUGUAGCACGCCGCCAACUGAAUUCGUUGUAAAUCCUCGCGUACGACACAGUCCCGCGAAUAUAUAGUCAGGACAUUCUAAAAUACAGUUAUUUAACCGUCUACGUUCACUAGCGUGGACGUCAGCCCGUUAAAGGUGCACCACUGCAAUAUUGUGCGUCUGUCUCUUUAAGCCACGCUCGUUCUGUGCUCUGUCGUCCAGACAGACCACGUUGCACAGUACCAGAAUGUCAGAGCAGCGGAAUGGCUAUGGAGUCGCAUAUUCUUGUGUGUAUAUACAUAUUAGCGUUUAGUGUCGUUAAAUGAUAUCCAAGUCCCUGGCUCGUUGGUUCAUCGGCUCUCUGACACGUUGGAAUUCCCACGGACAACUUCCAGCGUUUUCCCUGCUACCAUGCAAGUUUCGUUUCCCUGUGAAAAAGAAUUGGCGUUUAAGGAUGUAUUGAUUGGCCGAUUGGAGGCGAUUCGAGGCGACUACAAAACUAUAGAAAUACUGUGCGUUCGUGUGAAUGCACAAAGGGCCGGCCCCACUGAAGUGUCAAAUGACUGAAUGGUUAACUUUACUUUUCGAAGCUCUGUACGAUAUACAAAUAUUUUUAUAAAUAUAUAGACUAAUGUUGAGAAGGCAAUACGUGUGAUCAGUCUCGCAUGUCUUCUUGAAAAUUCAAAGCCAAACUCGCAAUGAUUCGUGAUACGAGUUAGAAUUAACGGUGGUUUAUCGAGUCAUCGAUCGGAUAAGUAGUUCCUUAAAUAUCGUAGGCGAAUUUGUAUAUUGAUGAGAAUGAAUAAAGUAUAUUUAUCGGUAAAAAAA